UACCUACAAAUCUCGCAUAUUCUCCGACUCCGAAGUGGCUCCGGAACUCUGACUGAAGCCGAGGCAACGGGUGAAUAUGGCCGUCUGACAAAACAUUCCAGGCAUAGCAACGAUCAACGACGUUGUGUCGCUUUCGCACGGGCAUGCUGUACAAUCGCCGUGAUCAUAGUACGACGUCGUCCUGACCAAAGUUUCUCUACAUUACGGGUGACGCAACGUCGACGUGAACGUGGAGAUCGAAGGCAGCGUGGAAGGUGCGCAGCGCGGUCAGAACUCCAUUCGCCUAUUUUGUCUGUGGGGGAAAAAAACGUGCAUAAUAGGUGCGCUCAGAGAGACGGUCUCGCUGGCGAUCGCGAGGGUGAUUGAAUUCAGGGCAACGUGUGGCGUACGAUCACGAAUCGAUUCGUGACAUCGCUUCUCAACGAGUACGAGCUGGAUAGAGAGAAAGAGAGAGAGACAGAGAGAGAGAUAAAGGACGGGAAUUGAUCGUUCACGAUCAUGACGAUCUUAUCGAAGAAGAAGGCGAAUGCGUCGAAGGACAGGACGCGCGAGGGAGGCGCCGGACCCGAGGUCGACGUCCAUCACGGGGUAGUGCAGAACGAGCACAGUUCCGGCAACAUCGCCCUCCCGAACAGUCCUUAUCAGGUACGGGGCGCCAGCGGUUUCGCCGUCGAUCUACAUGGCGUCCAAAGCGAUCAUGGAUCCCACAGCGGUUCCCUCGUGCUGACUGGCAACUCGUACGAGACAAAUGAUCGCCGCGACGACAAACACUUUGAAGAUGGCAGUGGCCCGAGUCAUGGUAAACGUCACAGACAGAGAGUUAGUCCCCACAGCUGUAUUAGACCUUCGCGCGUGAAGCGCGAACGGGAAAGGGAUAGAGGUAGAGAAAGGGAGAGAGAGAGAGAACGUGAAAGGCAGGCUACUCCACCUGCUGCUUCUUGUAACGGUUCGCAAGUCACGGAUACUAGUGUAAAUGGGAGAGUAAGCAUUGUCGGGAAUGCCUCAAAUUUGGAAGACGAACUGGCAAAUGGCUACAACAGCGGAGACGAAUAUACAGGAGCUACAGAGAAUGAUGUCUCGUUAGCCGAAUGGCAAGAUAAAGAUAGAUGGUUCGAGAAACGCCUCAAGAAGAAAGGACUUGUAUUGAAGAAAAUGGCAGAGGAUGGAGCUUGCUUGUUUAGAGCAGUAGCAGAUCAGGUCUAUGGUGAUCAAGAGAUGCAUGGAAUAGUGCGAAAGCACUGCAUGGAUUAUAUUGCUUCUAAUCAAGAAUUUUUCUCGCAUUUUGUUGCGGAGGAUUUCAGCACGUAUGUGGACAGGAAGAGGCAAGAGUACGUGCAUGGAAAUCAUAUAGAAAUGCAAGCUAUGUCAGAAAUGUACAAUCGUAGUAUUCAAUUAUAUUGUUAUAGCACUGAACCUAUCAAUAUUUUUCAUACUAUGGUGGAAAGCGAUAAUGAACCAAUUAGGCUGUCAUAUCAGCGUAAUAGUCAUUACAACAGUAUAGUUGACCCAUUUAAAGCUACGAUAGGCGUCGGUCUUGGUUUACCAUCAUAUAAUCCUGGUGCUGCCGAUCGCGCUCUGAUAUCCGAUGCUGUUCGUCAAAGUGAGGAGUUGCAUAUUGAACAGACAAUGCUGGAGGAUAAGAUAAAAGCUACUGAUUGGGAGGCAACUAAUGAAGCCAUCGAGGAACAAGUAGCUCGGGAAAGUUAUUUACAAUGGUUGCGUGAUAAUGAGAUGCGUAAGGCACGUUCAGCCAGUAGUAGCAGUACGAGCACAGUUACAAGCGCGCAGCAUAAUCAUUCACACUUUCAUUCACAUGGAGGUCGUGGACAACAGCGUAGCCAUACCUCUUCUCCGACUACGACGCAAACUAGCCAAGAUAAUUUACGUAAUUCUCCAAAGGUUAAUGAUGCGGUACGAUACAGCAAAAGAUCGCCACAACAUCAAUCGACUCAAGGGUCAAGCAUAUCCCAUCUACCAUCGGAUUUCGAGGCGAAAAUGAUGCCACAAGAACCUGUGCCUGGAAGUAGCAAAGAGGCAAAUGCGUCUCCUGAUAUUUCAUUGUUUAAUCGCCUUCCUCCCGAAGUAUUUGGUCUGACGGAUUGGGAAGAUAGCCAAAUACUUUCACAAGUGCUGGCAACAUCACAACAAGAAUAUUUGGAUAGCCUGAAGCAGUCACGCGUGUCCGCGUCCGCCGGAAACGAUAGCGCGAAUACGAUAGAGUCUAGUAACAGUUCUAUUAACAAUUCUUGAAAUGCGGUCGGUAACGACAAAGUUCAAAAGAUAUCAGAGUAAAAAUAUAUACAUUUAUAUAUUGCAAUAUUAUCUAAUCCCGUAUUGUGCUAGGACAUAAAGCGAUUUGCUUUGUUUAUCCGUGAGUAAAUGUUGCAAUAAUCAUUGUUUGGUUUCUAUCCUUUUCGUCUUUUCUCUUCGUCUUUCUCUCUCAACAGUACAUAACAUACGUAUGGGACUUCUUACAAGUACGUACGUUAUAAUUGUUAGAUGCUUUGUUAACAUUUACAAAGUAGCUGUGCAUCUUUUUCGUUGUGGGUACUUUUAUAUUAUUAUUAAAAAAUAACUUGAAUUAUUUUCCUUCGAAAUUAUUACCACUAAAAAAAAGAAAUUUUUUAGUUUCUGUUAUAAUAAUCUCUAUUAUACUCCUUUUGGGAUUUGAUAUUUUUCUUAAAAAUAUGCAAUAUGUUUUUGAGCAGAACAUAUAUUGUUUGAUAAUCGUGAUGUUUCUUCUUUAUAUAGUUUAGGUCACAACGCUUUAGAAAAAUCUGCAUUGCAUUAUUUGUAAAAAAA